GAACAGGAUAAAGACUUUGGCGCGGCAUUGUGGGACAUUCGGUCUCUUUCGUUGGAAGUUGCCAACAUGGCACGAGGACCCAAGAAGCAUCUAAAGCGCCUUGCAGCACCCAAGCAUUGGAUGCUGGACAAGCUGACUGGCGUCUUUGCCCCGCGACCCUCCACCGGCCCCCACAAGCUGCGAGAAUGCAUGCCCCUGAUCAUCUUCCUGAGGAACCGGCUGAAGUACGCGCUGACCUAUGACGAGACCAAGAAGGUGACCAUGCAGCGGCUGAUCAAGGUGGACGGCAAAGUGCGCACUGACAUCACCUACCCGGCCGGUUUCAUGGACGUGAUCUCCAUUGAGAAGACGGGAGAGAAUUUCCGUCUGAUCUACGACAUCAAGGGACGCUUUGCUGUUCACCGCAUUGGCAAUGACGAAGCCAAGUACAAGCUGUGCAAGGUGCGCAAGGUCUGGACUGGUCCCAAGGGCAUCCCGUACCUCAGCACCCAUGAUGCUCGCACCAUCCGGUACCCGGACCCCCUCAUCAAGGCGAAUGACUCGGUCAAGGUCGACAUUGCUACAGGGCGCAUCACAGACUACAUCAAAUUUGACAGUGGCAACCUGUGCAUGAUCACCGGAGGGCGUAACUUGGGGCGUGUCGGGCUGGUCAUGCACCGUGAACGCCACCCGGGAUCCUUCGACAUCGUUCAUGUGAAGGACUCCGCUGGCCAUUCGUUUGCCACCCGUUUGUCCAACGUGUUCAUCAUCGGCAAGGGGAACAAGUCCCUGGUGUCCCUGCCCAAGGGCAAGGGUAUCCGUCUGACCAUCGCCGAGGAACGCGACAAGAGAAUCGCGCAGCGCACCUAGGCCCAGCGCACGCCACACGACAAGCUGGGAAAAGACCCCACUGUCCUAAAAACCAUAACUUCUGUUAUCCUCACUCUCAAGAAGUCUUGAGCGGGUCGACGACUCAACUUGUAAUUUCUCUUUCCUCCUACUUUUGACAAAAAAAUCAACUUCUCUAAAACACUUCUUUGGUUUUGGGGCUAUUUGCAUUUGGUCAUUAUAACCAUCCAGUCCAGUGGGAACAUGUUUCAAGAGUCAAGGGAAAACUUUCAAAGUUUGUGAAGGAAAGGAUCCUCCAACGAGUGUGCAAAUCGGUAAUGGUUGCACAGUGUAAACAUUAAAGCUGUUACAUUAUGUGAAACAACUGAAA